AUGACUGGGUGGUUGGAAUUGGAUAACAAUCCUUUGUCGUACAAGCUCGUUGCUGCGGACGGCGAGCUUUACCAAGUCCACUCCAACUACGACAUCUGGAAAUAUACUGGCAAACCAUACACCGGCUGGCAAUUGAUUGACAACCAAAGGCUCCUAGCUACUGUGUUUGCUACUCAGGGCAUGGUCUUCAAAUCGGACACCACCAACCGCAUCAAGCAGUAUACUGGCGUUCCUUUGCAGCCGUGGCAGCAGAUCCUCUAUGAAGACUGGGGCAACCUUGCAGUUGGUGCAGCCGGUGGUGAGGUAUACAUAUCGAUUCGUGGACGUGUGUAUAGAUACUCCGGUACACCAAACAGGUGGUAUCGUAUCCGCGAUUAUGCUGGUGUUAAGGAGCUUGCUGCCUAUGGCAAAGACGUCUACGCUAGAGACGCGGACUCCACCAUCAUCAAGUGGGCUGGCGUGCCUAACCAGUGGGAUUUAAUGGAUCCUGGUAAAUAUUCAGUGGCAAUCACUGUAGGGGCGCGCGGUUUAUAUCAGAUCCACGGCAAUGGUCACAUUUUCCAAUUCGUUGGCUCACCGUUCAACGGCUGGAAGCAGAAUGACGCAUAUGCUGCCUCCAAAGCAAUUGUUGCUGGCAACCACUUACACCAGUUGCAUAGAGACGGUAAGAUUUGGCGAUACUUGAACUAA